AUAUACCUAAGAGUGUUGGACUUCCUUUUUGGCGGGAAAAGGAGAGCCGCGUUUUUCAAAUAAAAUUUUGUUUUAUUUUUAAUUAAAUUGUCUUUUUCAAGACAGAGUGCUUUUGGAGGAGAAUAAUGUCUUCAGAGAGUGAUGGUGAUGAAGACGGGUCUACAAAGUCACCCGUAGACUCGAAAAAGAGGCGAUUAGAUAACUCUGUAAAAUCGAACGAUGUCGAUAAGUAUAAACCUUACUCUAAACCAGAUUAUAAGCGAUCCUACCCGGAUAAUAGUAACAUAGAAGAGUUCCCCGUUUACGUACAGGGAAUUAAAAUGGAAGAUAAGAUAGGUAAUAAAAAUCCUUUGCAUUUAUCAAAAAUAUUCAAAAACGUGAAGGGCAUUAAGGAAUGUCGUCGAGUUAAUGCGGCUAAAAUUAUGCUGGUUUUCAAACAAGCUGCAGCUGCUAAUGAUUUUCUGAGUCACGUUAGCUUACGUGACAAUAAUAUGAAAGCUUUUGUACCAGCCUCUUCGGUGGAGCGAGUGGGUAAAAUUCGUUUUAUCCCUAAAGAAUGCAGUAACGCGGAUUUAUACCACAAACUAAUGGCUGACUCUGAAAUUGUUGGUGUUAGACGUUUCAUGAAAAGAACUUGUGAUGGUCUAGAACCCCUUACUACUAUAAGCGUUACCUUUGUAGGAACUGUUCUCCCUCAGUAUGUUUAUUUAGACAACUGGCGUUACAAAGUUUUCACUUAUAUUCCUCCUCUCAUGCAAUGUUUUAAAUGCAUGAAAUUUAGACACAGUGCCAAAGUAUGUAGAAACAAUCAGGUUUGUUCAAAGUGUUCAGGUGGUCAUUCCUAUAAGGAAUGCUCAGCUGAAUUUUUAAAGUGUGUUAACUGUGGAGGAGACCACUUGGCAGUAUCCAGGUUUUGUCCUCAAAAAGCAGCUCAGAUUAAAAAACAUGAAAAUAAUUAUUCAUCUAAAAUGUAUUCAACUGUAUUAUUGUCAAGUGAUUUUCCUCCGUUACCUAGUGAUAAAUCAGUUGUAAAGUUGGCUCACAAUAAAUUAGCUUCACCUACUGUCCAACCUAAGAAAAAAAAGUUAUCACAAAAUUCAUCAGAUAGUUCAAUUCCAGUCCAGUCUGCUCCUCCUAAUAGUGGUUCCUAUGAUCAGCUCAUUAAAGAUGAUCAGUUCUUGAGUAAAAUUAUCAAAACUUUAGUUAUGUUAGGCAAUUCUAAUACAGCAAACACAACUGCACACAUUAAGGAUAUAUUAAUACAAAACUUAACAAAAUAAUGGAUUAUUUACGAUUAAUGCAACAUAACAUACAGAGUAUCAAUAAUAAAAAACCACUUCUUAAAUCUUUAUUAUAUGAUAAUAAAAUAGAUGUGUGAUUGCUAAAUGAAACUUGGUUAAAAGAUUCUGGUCUGCCUUUUUAUAUACCUGGUUAUAUAUUUGUUGGAAAAAAUGCUAAAAAUGAGCAUGGAGGUGUAGGUAUUUUAAUAAAAAAUGAUAUUAAAUUUAAGGUCUUAAAAACUACUUUCUAUCAAAAUAUUCAAUUUAUAGCUAUUUCUAUAAUAACAGGAUGUGGUCCUGUCUCAGUGCUCUGUGUCUACUGUCCACCAAAUAAUAGCUCAAUUAGUUUGAUUAAUUUGAGAAA